CUAGAAGGGGCGUGUCCACUCCACACCAUACGUACGUACUUAUAACUUGCAGCUUGAUUGUCGAAAGAGCGAGCCUUGACUUUACUAUACCCGUAUCUAAGAGAGCAAGAGGUCCGUAGUAAAACAAGCGUGUAGCCAUGACAACUCUGUCACCACCCCCUCAACUGCCAGGGGAGCAGAUACGACUGCUCAAUGCGAUUGUGGACGUGUGUCUGGUGUAUGGCUUCGAUGAGACGUGUCAGUGUGACCUGGUUAUUGGAGAGGGUGACUCUGAAGAUAUUUCACUGCCCAUGGAGAAGAUUUACCAGAGGGACAUCAAUGUCAGGUUCCUACAAGUCAUUGCCCCAGGCAGAGUGUACCCUGAGAGACACUGUACCACGACUGUGAAGGCCUUCGAGGUCAAAGGUUCAGUAGAGGACUCGUUGAUCAUGCCCUCAUCCACUCACUCCAACAAGCAGUUCAAUGUGGAUGAACUCGGUCUCAGUUGGGACACAAUUGAAAACAGACAAGCGUUCCUUUUCCCUCAGGGAGCCAAGAUCUGCUCUGAUCUGAAGGACGUUGAGCCAUCACUGGUGCCCAUGCUGUUCACAAAUGCUCUGGGGGAUUUCUCGUACGGUGUCGGCAUCAGGUUCCUGCGACCUUUCUUCAUUGAGAAGAAAAAAAACUGCAAGUACUUCUGCUUGACGCCGUGGUCCAGUUCAGUAGUGCCCUCCCCAAGCAGCAAGCUGAUCUAUCUGCCAACGUGUUGUCUACUGGUCUCUCAGAAACCGUACCUCAAGUUUAUGAAGGAUGCUUUAUCAGGGUUCUACCGCUGGUUGUCAGAUUGUGAUGAGUUGUACUUCUGGUCUGGAGUGAGGGAGUUUGCUGAGAGGGUUUUCCUUGUACCAGCCCCACCCCCUGGACUCCUCUCCAUUAGUGUCAGUCUUCCUGGAUUCUCCUCACAAAUUACCGUCAGGCCCCCCAGAGGAAGUGUUGAGACAGAUAUUCGUCUGAACCACCCGUUCACAUGCUUGGGUGUAGCUAAUGUCCUAAGGGUCAUCUGUGCCAUUCUCACCGAACAGUCGAUUCUCUUUGUAUCAUCGUCUUACUAUCUACCAACAUACGUCAUCAAGUGUCUGUUCUCGUACAUCACGCCGAUGCAAUACAAGUUCACUGUGGCCCCCAUUCUCCCUGCAGACAGCCUAGAGCUACUGGACGCCCCAUUCCCCACCAUAAUGGGUAUCCUUUCUUCUCAGAUGAACACUGAGGAAGUGCAGAGGUGCAGCAAUGUGGUAAUCGUGGACGUGGAUAAUGGAGAGGUGACCUGCAAAGACUUGGAGACCACAUUGGCUUCACUUCCCCGGCAUGCAGAGGAGACCUUCAAAAAGAGAUACUCUGAGCUGGUGAAGAAAACGUUCUCUUUGGAAGAGAUGGAGAAACUUACCUUAGCCUCAUCAGAGGAGACCCUCAGGGAGAGGGAAAAGUUUGACUACUCCUAUGACGAACUGUUAUCAAAAAUGUUUCUGGAGCUAAUGGUCAAUCUGUACAGUCAGGUUACGCAAGAACGGUUGCACAGUCGUAUCAAGUUUGAGGAGACAGUGCGGCUAAUGCCUGAGGAGGACCAGGAUUUUUAUCAUCAGAUCGAAACCACCGACAUGUUUGCUUCAUUCUGUCAUGCUAGGAGACAGUGUACUGCUCGUGACGAGUUCACCCUACUGGCCGAACGUCUCAAGCGCCUUCAACGUGUGACAAAGAUCGCUUCGGAGGAUUCGUUCACUAGCAGCCUUCAGAUUAGUCAUCGUUCUAGUAUUGUCAACCUGUAUGGUGCAUCCUCUAGUCUCAGGACCACUGCCAACACUUCUCAUGGAAGUCUGCCCCAGAACCGUUAUCUGACGAGCCCAUCGUCGUAUCGGUCCCACGCUCCCUCUCAAGUAGGUGGGAGCAUUUCUGUCAAUGAGGAGGGGCCUCUACGCUACUCACCACAGGGAGAGUACAAUAGGAGUGGAAGUAUAGUCUCACUGGAACCAGUUCUACUAGAGUUGCCGUCAUUAGGGUCAAAGUUCACGGACAGAGCAACUUUUCUGGAGGAGGCCAUUACUCUACUGGAAGAACUAGCCAAGAACAAUGCAGUCAAAGCCCAGUGUCUGUACUUGGGUGCCUACUACAGCAUAUGUCAGGGGGAGAUCAUCUCAGGACUCGACAUUUUGUUUGACACGCUCCAAAGAGUCGACGUUAACCUUGUGCCAGAUAAGAAAUCCCUACAGGUAGUGCUGAAGUAUGUGAGUAAUGUUGAACAGGGACAGCUCUCCCUCAAGUCCUACUACAAACAUCUUCUCCCCUCCAAAAGAAAGAGUGCUUCAGUGAGGGGCCCAUCAGGACUCUCACCUUCCACAUUCAACUUAGACAAGAAGAUGCCAACAAAGCCUCUGAAUUUGAAUGAUUUUCUCAAGCUGGUUCGACAGAAUGCUAUUGCAGAAGAUGCUGAGUCAGCAACUAACCUCCAUCGCAUAUUAUCUCAGGGCAUUAAUACCACUAUUUCACCAGAUACAUUCCGAGUGUUCUAUGACUCUUGGAAAGUGGUACACCAGGAUAAUUCAGUGAUUGAACUGCCCCUCAUGGAGCUGGAGAAGGAAGAGAAAGGUGUGAGAGUGGCAGAAACUGUAUUGGCUGUCUCGCAGGAUGAGAAGACUAACUACGGAUCUUCCUGCACUAUCGUACUCACCACUUACAGGUUGUUAGUGGUUGCUGCUUUCAAGACUUACGAAAUGGCUGACUUGCGAACACAGAUCCGCUUUGAAAAUUUCAGUCACUCCACGAUGUUUGGGGGCACCAAGUUUCCGGGUAUACGGAUUGAGAAGCUGGACAAACGCAGUUCUGGAGACAGAGCUCGUCCCACGACUGGUGGUAGUACUGGUUGGCGGAAACCGACGAAACACAUGGACCUGUACAUGGCUUUCCGCUCGUCAGUAGAGAGAGACAAUUGGUAUCACAUGAUACGAGAGGUACAAGUUGGUUGGCAGCUAUCACAAGCUCGGAGAGACCCGUGUGUGAUGGUGACGUCCAACUCGCAUGUGAUCCUCCAGAACGCUAUUAGUCAAAGCGGUCUCCUCGACAACCACACCCCUGCUCAAAGAGUCAAGCUGGCACUGAAACUCCUGAGUUUUCAGUCGAAAGAUGUUUCGGAAGUGAGCAAAUUUACGGUGGAUAAUCUACAGUACCGCAUCAACCCUUGCCUACACGAGGCAGAGAGACAAACCGUUGAGUCUCUACUGUAUAUCCCACCAAUUGACUUCUACGAGGAAGAGCAAGGAAAGUUGUGGAUAGGGCUGGGCAAUGGACGUCUGAAGGUAUACGACAUUGAGGCCAAGUGCUUCGAGUGCGACAUCAAAAUUACUGAGUCGAGACAUGGCAAAUCUGCACGACUUAACUGCCUGCUACUGGUGGGUCAGCAGGUGUGGGUGGGCUCUCACAGUCGAAACAUACACAUCCUGGAUGUACAAACAGUCACUCAUGUGUCACAGAUUUCCUAUCUUGAAGACGCUCCAAAAGACCUCAUGUUAAAUCGAAACGGAAGCUUGGUGUGGGGCCUGCUGCUCAACGGGAUACUGUUAGCCUGGGACCCUGAAACAAGGACUAGAGUGAAGAAGAUCCAGGUCCCAAUUGUCAGUACCUCAUCUGCGUACACUGCAUGUACAUGUUUCACUAUCUGGCGUGACUACAUCUGGGUGGGUACUAAUAGGGGCAGCAUAACGAUCAUGGAUACGGAAACGGGUGAGGUGGACCACGAGUUGUUCUUCCCUGGAGGACGCAGGAGACAGAUUGAAAUCAAGCACCUUGCACUGUCUUCAGAGGAUGAGGUAUGGUGCAGCGUUUACUGUCUCCCCAAAUCAGAGGACUCGAUAUUCAUUGCCGUCUUUGACCCUGACACAAAAAAAAAGAAUUUGCAGUACACAGCUCUAGACAGCAGGAUAUCAAUAAUACUGCCAGUCAAAAAUACUAUGUGGUGUGGUUCCAAGAGUGGUAAGAUCUACAUAUUUCACUCACAAAGUUACGCCAGUGGAGCAGGGAUGCCUAAGAUCUUGACAGCUCAUGAUGAGGACGUGGUUCGCUCCAUGACCAUGACAGACCUUAACCUGGUGGUCAGUGGAGGAGGUUCCAACGAUGGCUAUGCUGCUGUCUGGAAAACUAUUGAAUUACCGUGAAUAAUGAAACCUCUUAGCUUAUUUAGACUGUACGUUGGUUUGUGUUUAUUAUUUUAGCAUGAGGAGAUGUGUAUUGCGUGCUGCCUCCUACAAAUAUAAUGUUACUGAUAGUGA